AAGGAGGAGAUAAGAGAAGAAUGGUCAGGAGUUUUCUCAGAACAUCCCCAGGAUUUUAGAUUGCUGGUAUUUGAACUCUUCUGCUUUCAGGUCGUCCCUUUGAACGUCAUUUCCGUUUAGGAGAGACACUUGCAAAAAAUCUGUGGCGGGAGUUGGAGAUUCCCCAGCGAGUUGACCAGGUUUGUCCGUCUGGGAGUGUGGUGUAGGGCAAGAGAUAGGAAGUUGAAUUUAAUUGCAGCUUAAGGAAAGAGGGUCUCCCUGUAUGCCUCAGAUGGCAUGUAAAUCACUACGUAGAUCAUGCUAGCCUGGAUCUCACAGUAAUCCACCUGCCCAUGCCACCCUACGGCUGAGAUUAAAGGGUCACGAUGCCUACAGUUGGUAACAUAAAAAAGGCUCCUCCCCGUCAGAUUUCUUCUUUAACAAGUGAAUCAUAUACACAACUGGACUUUUUACCUGACAAACUCAGAGCAAAACUGCUUCCAUUCCAGAAAGAUGGCAUCAUUUUUGCCCUUGGAAGAGAUGGCAGGUGUAUGGUGGCUGAUGAAAUGGGCCUAGGAAAGACAAUCCAGGCGAUUGCAGUUGCUUACUUCUAUAAAGAGGAGUGGCCGCUUCUGAUAGUUGUCCCUUCAUCUCUGAGGUACCCUUGGACGGAAGAACUAGAGAAAUGGAUCCCAGAGCUAGGGCCAGAGGAAAUCAAUGUUAUUCUGAAUAAAACUGAUACUUGGAGAAUAUCGACCAGCAAAGUGACAAUUCUGGGAUAUGGUCUCUUAACCACAGAUGCAGAGACUUUGAUAGAUGCACUGAACCGCCAGAACUUUAGAGUGGUGAUUGUGGACGAAUCGCACUACAUGAAGUCCAGGACUGCAGCCCGCAGCAAUAUUCUCCUGCCCAUGGUACAGAAAGCCAGGAGAGCAAUUCUUCUUACAGGCACCCCAGCUCUGGGAAGGCCUGAGGAGCUUUUUAUGCAGAUUGAAGCUCUCUUCCCACAAAAACUUGGAACGUGGACCGAGUAUGCUAAAAGAUACUGCGAUGCACAUGUCAGGUAUUUUGGUAGAAGGCGUCAGUGGGAUUGUAGAGGGGCAUCAAACCUUAGUGAACUUCACCAGCUACUAAGUGAUAUAAUGAUCAGAAGAUUAAAGAAUGACGUUUUAACCCAGCUGCCCCCUAAAAUCAGACAGCGUAUUCCAUUUGACCUUCCACCAACAGCUGCCAAGGAACUGAAUGCCAGCUUUGAAGAAUGGCAAAGAUUAAUGAGAGCUCCAAAUUCAGGUGCCAUGGAGACUGUUAUGGGGUUGAUAACACGAAUGUUUAAACAGACUGCAAUUGCCAAGGCAGGUGCAGUAAAGGACUAUAUUAAGAUGAUGCUUCAGAAUGAGUCACUUAAAUUUCUGGUCUUUGCUCACCAUUUAAGUAUGCUCCAAGCUUGCACAGAAGCAGUCAUUGAAAACAAGACUCGUUACAUCAGGAUAGAUGGGAGUGUUGCAUCUUCAGAAAGGAUUCAUCUGGUUAAUCAAUUUCAGAAGGACCCUGAUACUCGUGUGGCUAUUCUGAGUAUUCAAGCUGCUGGCCAGGGUUUAACAUUUACUGCUGCAAGUCACGUUGUCUUUGCUGAGUUAUAUUGGGACCCUGGACAUAUUAAACAAGCUGAAGAUCGAGCUCACCGAAUUGGACAGUGCAGCUCUGUGAACAUUCACUAUCUCAUUGCAAAUGGCACUCUAGACACCCUCAUGUGGGGGAUGCUGAAUCGAAAGGCUCAGGUCACAGGGAGCACACUGAAUGGCAGGAAGGAAAAACUCCAGGCUGAGGAAGGUGAUAAGGAAAAGUGGGAUUUUCUACAGUUUGCUGAAGCAUGGGUUCCAUGUGACAGUUUUGAAGAACUCGGCAAGGAAGCUUUGUUUACUCAUUUUGAAAAAGAAAAGCAACAUGAUAUUCGAUCAUUCUUCUUACCAAAACUGAAAAAAAGACAGUUGGAGACUUCCUAUAAUGAAUCAAAGGUACUCAAGGAGAAUACUCUAGUGGCCUCUGACCCUAGAAAAAUGGGUACCAGUGAUAGCAUUGAUAAUGAAAAUGGUUUUGAACCUGAAGCUAAAAGAAUGAAGUCACUUAGCACCAAGGACCCCAGCAGUCCCCUGGAGCAAAGACCAUCCUUGAAAGCCAGAGCCACAUUCACGGAAGGGGUCCAUGAGGCCAAGUCCCCAUCAGCCACCCCAGCCCCUCUUGGGAAGGAAUGGCAGUGUGGCUUCUGUACAUUUAUCAAUGACCCAGUCCUUCCUUACUGUGAGAUGUGUGAGAACCCUCCAGGCACAGCUGUCAGCCUUAGCUGUAUCCAGUAUAACAACAAAAAUGAGGAGGAUGAUUCUCAGAAAGAUACCUCCAAAAAUGAUCAAGCUAGCUUGGACUAUGGAAAACAAGUCCUUGAACAGUCAGAACCUGAUCAGUUGGCUGACAGCAAGGAAGACACUUCAAAAGAUGAACAAGAAGACAGACUGACACCCCGGGCAGAGAAUGAGCAGUUGAUGAAUUCAGACACUCUGCCAGUGUAUGAGGCCCUCAUGUUUUGUGCAAGUAAGAACACUGACCGGAUCCACCUCUAUACCAAGGAUGGAACACCGAUGAACUGUAAUUUCAUUCCUCUGGAUAUAAAAUUAGACCUUUGGGAAGACUUACCAGCAAGCUUUCAACUAAAACAGAAUCGUUCACUGAUUUUACGGUUUGUUCGGGAGUGGAACAGUCUAACUGCCAUGAAGCAGAGGACAAUCAGGAAAGGUGGGCAGCUGUUCUGCAGCCCAGUCCUAGCUUUGGAAGAGAUCACAAAGCACCAGGCCAAGCAAAACAGUACGAAAAGGUACAUCACCAAAGAAGAUGUUGCCAUGGCCUCCAUGAACAAAGUGAAGAAUGAUGGGGGCCACAUCCGUCUGAUCACCAAGGAGUCCAGGCCACGAGACCCUCCCACCAAAAAGCUUGAUGGAGCCUGCGUCCCAUCUCUGAAUCCCUGCUCAGCACAAGCCGACUUCGCAGUGAAGCCAUCCCCAUCCAAAGGCUAUGUUCAAGCCGUGGAUAAGGAAGGAAGUCCGCUCUGCCUUCGCUGCCAACAUCCCACCUGCCAGCCUGAGCAGGGCUGGAAAGCACAUGCUUGGGACUCACGGUUCUGCUCCUUGCAGUGUCAGGAGGAAUUCUGGAUUCGCUCCAGUAACAGUUUCCUGAGAGCACAAGUGUUUGAAACAGAACAUGGCGUGUGUCAGCUGUGCAGUGUGAAUGCACAGGAACUCUUUUUGCGUGUAAGGGACGCCCCUAAAAGUGAGAGGAAGAAUCUUCUAGAUGCUGCCUGGACUUCAAAGCUCCCGUUAGAACAGCUAAAUGAGAUGAUCAGAAACCCAAGAGAAGGCCACUUCUGGCAGGUGGAUCACAUCAAGGCAGUGUUUGAGGGAGGAGGCCAGUGCUCCUUGGAUAACCUACAGACACUCUGCACAGCAUGCCAUAAGGAGAGAACUGCCCAACAAGCCAAGGAAAGAAGUCAUGUGAGAAGACACUUGCUAGCAUCAAAGCACGGAUCUGACAUCACACGGUUUUUGGUAAAGAAGUAGAGAAAAAUAUGAAUGGAUAACAAAUGGCUUACAGGUGGAAGGAUUUAAGUUUCUUUUCAUGUUUGUCUAGUGUUUUAAGAGUGCAAACUUUUAGAACAUGAAUCAAGAAUUAAAAAUUCAGAUUUUGUACUGAGUACUUUUUUAAAAAGUACUUAACUGAAGCUGAGUUAUAUCAAAUAUGUCUGUAGUCUACUGACUUCAUGCAGAUUGUCAAUUAUGUUUCAGAAAGAUUUUGUUGCGCUUAUGUUUGCCCUUGUACACUUUGGUCACUGCAUUAUGCACAGAUAAUAUCUGAUAACUAAUUUCUCAAUCAGUGAUCAGCGCUUCUGGAUUAGUAUUGGUUCUGGACUGCCAUGGUAUAAUUGGAACAUUCCAGAACAAUAAAGGAAAAUUUUGGAGAUAAGUCUUUAUUACUCAGGAAUUCUGGGCAAAGUACGACUAGCCUGCUUCCUGUAUAAGAGAGACCUACUUCAUUAAACGCCCCCCAAACAGGCUUUUGCAUGUGUUUUCGGUUUGCCUUUGUUGCUUUAUUUCUGAGCCAGUCAUCUUUACUGAAUGGAUACUUUGGAAAUAAACCUACUGCUAUCGUG